ACCAAAGUUUCCAGACUGAACUUCCACUGCAAUCCACGGUCGGUCAUGAAAAUAGUUGUAUUUGUUUUUAUAGUCUGAAUUUGAAGAUCUGCAUUACUAUAGCAUUACUAUAGCAUGUAGGAUUAAGUAAGCAGCCUAACGUACAUGUCACCUUAUUUGGAAAGGACCUGUAGGCCUACUCUGUCAGUUGGGAGUAAGUGGAGCUGAAUGCAGUUUGUUUUUGUGCCUAUGGGUGAAACAGCUGUGUACAAGUGAAAAUAAGGUGAACAGAGAUGGGGGACAAGCAACAAGACUCAGUGGAAAGGCCAGCAGAUGGCAAUAAGAACCAGACGAGUGACUCCUUCCAACAGGUUACAGCCCCUGGAAAUUCCAAGGGGAGAAAGAAGAAGAGAGGAAAGAAAAAGAGGAGUGCCGAGAAGAUGGAGGACAAGGAGGGAGAGAUGGGCAAAUCUGCCCCAUUGCUGUCUGUCCUGGUUCAACCACAAUCAGAGAAAUCUAACCCAGCCCAAUCCCCAUCAGUGCAACCUGACCCACCCUUAGGGCAAUCUAAUCGAGAGAAACCUACACCAGAGAAACCCAAACCAGCACAACGUAACCAUGCCCAACCACCUACAGGGCAUCAAAACCCAGCCACGCUCCCUUCAGUGCUACCCAGUCAAGCCCAACCAGAGCAACCCAAUCCAGUGCACCCUAACCUAGCCCAACCACCAAUAGACCAUCUUCCCCUAACCCAGUCAAGGGACCAGCCGCCUCAAGCCCAACCACACCCAGAUCAGGGUCCUCCAACCCAGUUAUCCACAGAUCAGUCAUCUCUACAGCAGUCUUCACCAGAUCAGCCAGAUCAGUCAUCUCCACAACAGUCAUCACCAGAUCAGCCAGAUCAGUCAUCUCCACAGUCAUCACAGUCAUCUCUAGACGAGGACAAACGUAAGAAAAAGGGAGACCCAAACAAACUCACCCUUCUGACCUGGAACAUAGACGGCCUGGACCUGGACGAUAUCAAGGAACGUCUCUCAAGGCUACUGGACUACCUGAUCGAGUACCAUCCUGACAUUGUGCUACUGCAAGAGGUUAUUUCACCAAUUUACCAAGUUUUACAGCAGGUUCUGAAGCCAUAUCAUGUGUUGCCGGGUAGUGACAGAAGCUAUUUCACUGCCAUACUGCUGAGGAAGUCCAGAGUUCAACUUCUAGAGAGUAGCAUAGUGAAUUACCCUACCACAAAGAUGAGGAGAAACCUGCUUAUGGCCUAUGUUUCUUUCCUUGGCCAUCCACUGUGUGUGAUGACGUCCCACAUGGAGAGCAUGAAGCCCCAAUCCCUGGAACGCCAGAACCAGCUGAGAACGGUGUGGAAGACAAUGAGCGAGCAGCCCCAGGACCACAACGUCAUCUUUGGGGGAGACACCAACCUCAGGGACUGGGAGGUGAAGAACCAGGGUGGUCUACCUGAGGGCAUCUGUGACGUAUGGGAGUCCCUGGGCCAGCCGGAGGACUGCCGGUACACCUGGGACUGUGUCACCAAUGACAACAAGGACCUCCCUUUCCCUGCACGCCUGCGCUUCGACCGCCUCUUCCUGAGGCAGGCCGGCAAGGGGUCAAAGAUCAGCCCAGAUGGCAUGACCCUGGUGGGCCUGGAGAGGUUGGAUGACUGUCAACGCUUUACCAGCGACCACUGGGGUCUCCUUUGCACCUUCGUCAUGAAACCUCUCAGUCAAGCAACACCUGAAUGAUACAAAGGGAACUGUUAGCUGUCCAUGUCAUGUCAGCGCUAGUCAACCUGGAACAGCAUAUAAAUCUUUGCCCAUCUUCUUUAUGUACAUUGGGAGAUUUCGAGAUUUAGACCUUGGAACGAACAGGAUUAUGGGCACAGCAAUAGUGAUUAUUGACUUCAAUUUCUAUGUUUGGCAACUGCUGGUGACCCAAGGCACACUUUUCAUUUAUCCAGCCACAUAUUUGUCUGCGCCAACAGGUUAUGUACCCCAUUCAAGGGCACAUUCAUACAGUCUCUGGACUUGGAAGCAGAAACUAAAUUGGCUACCCUCCAGGGUACAGUAUCUGAUUAUUUUAUAUCACUGUUUUAAACAUCAAAGCAGCUACAAGCCAAUUUCACAAUAAACACAUUUUGUUCCAGACAA